AUGGCAGCACUCUCGACGAGCAUAACGGCGCUGGCCACGUGCAUGCUGUGCUGCAACGCGAUCGACAACGUGUCGCGCUUCAACACCGUGGGCGUGUGCAACCACGCGGGCUGCUGCAGCAUCUGCGCGCUGCGGCUGCGUCAACUGCUCGGCCAAUCAGCGUGCGUCGUGUGCAAGACCGACAUGCCGCGGGUGAUCUGCAUCGCGCAGGAAGACGAGAGCUUCUCGUCGUUCCAGGACUGGGGCGACAACAUUGGCCCGGCGCACGUGUUCGACGAGCCGUCGGCCAUGUUCUUCUUCAAGCACGACUACGUGACGCGCAUUAGCGCGCUGCGUGAUCCGCUGUGUACGAAAUGCAACAAGAAACUCGGGACGCUCGCGGCCCUGCGGACGCACGUGCUGGACGUGCACGGCUUGCAGUACUGCAGCAUUUGUCUCGAGCACAAGAAGGUGUUUAUCCAGGAGCUCGAGCUGUUUACAAAGGAGGAGCUGAAGCGACACAAUACUAAAGGACGGACGCGCGAAGGGUUUCUAGGUCAUCCAAGGUGUGACUUUUGCUUUCAACGGUUCUACUCCACGACCGAGCUGUACGAGCACUUGCGGAAGAACCACUUUGAGUGCGACAUUUGUUUAUACGAGCUGCAGGUCCAGAAUCGAUACUACAAGGAUUACAAUGACUUGGAAAACCACUUUCGAGCUGAGCACUUUUUGUGCGAAGAACGAGAGUGUCGAGCGAAGAAGUUUGUCGUGUUCAAGUCCCAUUUAGAUUUGCAGGCGCAUUUGGCAGUCGACCAUCCGCAUAUGAAGACAAGUCGCAAAAUCGACGUGCAUUUUACCGUCCGACGAGCGGGACAUGGCAGCGGGAACCCCGAAGUUGAAGAUGUUAGCGCGUUCCAGCAGCAGACGUCAGGUAAUCGCACGAUCAACGUGGCCGACUUUCCGUCACUUUCGGGAUCCGACAGCGCUGCGGCUGGACCAUCGUUCUCAUUAUGGGAAAACCAGAAUACGUCCCACCGACCGACGUCUGAAGACUUUCCGGCGUUAGCUUCAUCGAGUUCGUCUUCGAAUAGAGUCAGCUCGACUUUUCGGAACGCGCUAGCACCACCGCCUUCAGUAGCUCUCCGCGCACAUAUGGACAGUAACGGCUGGGAGUACGCUAGUCCAGACAUGGUUUCGGCUGCCGCGGUGUUGGGUGCGAACAAUCCAUUGCUAGGAGUGCUGAAACCCCCUCGUAAGAACGGUAAGGGAAGGAAAAAAGGAUGGAAAUCGGGUGGUGGUUUGGAAGAAAAGCUGGCCGUCGCUGCCCCGGCAGUAGGUGAAAAUCACUCCGAGUCGGAGGAUGACGAACCUGUGGGUCCUGCGCCGUCUAAGACUGCACUGGUGUUAAAGAUCCGUCAGGUGCUCGGUAGUGAUGCGAAGUACGAGGUCUUUCGCGAAUGUUGUAAGCAAUUUCGCUUGGCUGAGAUGGAAGUUCCAGACUUUUACGCCAAGAUGCGUGACAUGUUUUCGUCAGCUGACUUCUCGCAGUUUUUCCUGCCGCUCAUGCGACUGUCUCCUGACAAAGAACAAGUCGAAACGUUUUUUGGAUACCACAAGCAAUUCAACAAACAGCGUGCAAAAGCCCAGGGUUUUCAGGGUCCCACGUCUAAGCGAGAUAAGAAGGCUGCUAAGCAGCAAUCGGUACUUGAGCAGCAGACGCCAAGUGCGCGCCGAAAGCAAGAACCGCGUCUGCCGUCAAUACCGGCUCAGUCUGGUUGGGAAAAUGCCAUGAAAGAAAGCGGUAUUAAAUCAGCAACCGGACGCGAACCCGCUGCGGUCGUUCACAACACAGAUAUGCGCGCGGUGUUGGGGCGAAAUACUCAAUCGACUGCAACUUGGAGCUCGUCUGGUAGCUGGCAGACGCCACCACCAGCCGCGUCUGUACGUCCUGUUCUCGGUCGCACCUCGACGGGUACAGAGCUCGCGACUGUUCCGGCCACUUCAUUUGCUAGUCUUAGCGUCACCACACCAUCGUCGUCGUCAGCUGGGUUCAGUACCGCAGUGCCACCCUACGCGACGAACCCGUUUACGGCACCGCGUCAAAUUACGGCAUCCCCUGCUGCACCGAGUUUCAAGUCUGCCAAAAGCGACUUUCCUGAAUUGCCUAAGGCUGCGAAGACUGUGGGAAUGCAGCCCGUGACACGGGCGACAUGGGACGAUCAGGUGCAGGCAAUAGCGCAAAACCGCGUUUCGCAAGCGUCUGGCGAUGGUCGCAGCAAUGGCAAGAAGAAGCAGAAGAAGAAGGCAAUGUCACUUCAGGAAAUGGCCAUGCAUUUUGGUUAG